AGCAUCAGCACCAGCGGCUCCAUGAACAUGGCGUGCAUCGGGGACGCGGACCCCUUCACCGCCGCGAUACCCGCCACCAAAGUUGAACUCACGGUUUCUUGCAGAAACCUGCUGGACAGAGACACGUUCUCCAAGUCCGAUCCAAUUUGUGUCCUGUACACUCAAGGAAUAGCCAACAGAGAAUGGAGAGAGUUCGGCCGGACGGAGGUCAUCGACAACACCCUGAACCCCGACUUCGUCCGCAAGUUCAUCCUGGACUACUUCUUCGAGGAGCGGCAGAAUCUGCGCUUCGACCUGUAUGAUCUGGACUGCAAGAGUGACAACCUCUCCAAGCACGACUUCCUGGGCCAGGCCUUCUGCACGCUGGGGGAGAUAGUCGGCUCCCUGGGAAGUCGCCUGGAAAAGCCUUUGAUUGGGAUCCCCGGGAAGAAAUGUGGCACCAUAAUAGUUCGAGCGGAGGAGCUGAGCAACUGCAGGGAGUCGGUGAUGCUCCAGUUCUGUGGGAACAAGCUGGAUAAGAAGGACUUCUUCGGAAAAUCGGAUCCAUUUCUAGUUUUUUACCGGAGCAACGAGGACGGAUCGUACACCAUCUGCCACAAGACGGAGGUGGUGAAGAACACGCUGGACCCGGUCUGGCAGGCCUUCAAGAUCCCAGUCAGAGCCCUGUGCAACGGAGACUACGACAGGACCAUUAAGGUGGAGGUGUACGACUGGGACAGAGAUGGAGGCCACGACUUCAUCGGCGAGUUCAGCACCAGCUACAGGGAGAUGUCCAGAAGCCAGUCGCAGUUCCACAUCUACGAGGUGCUGAAUCCAAAAAAGAAGGGAAAGAAGAAGAAGAAGUACCUGAACUCAGGAACGGUCACCCUGCUGUCCUGCCUGGUGGACACGGAGCUGUCCUUCCUGGACUUCAUCAGAGGCGGGACGCAGAUUAACUUCACGGUGGCGAUCGAUUUCACGGCAUCAAACGGGAACCCGUCCCAGCCCACUUCCCUCCACUACAUGAGCCCCUACCAGCUGAACGACUACGCCAUGGCGCUGCGGGCCGUCGGCGAGAUCAUCCAGGACUACGACAGCGACAAGAUGUUUCCCGCCCUAGGAUUCGGUGCCAAGCUGCCCCCCGACGGACGGGUCUCUCACGAGUUUCCUCUGAACGGAAAUCCGCAGAACCCGUACUGCAGCGGCAUCGACGGCGUGAUGGAGGCCUACUACCAGAGUCUGAAGUCGGUGCGGCUUUACGGCCCCACCCACUUCUCCCCCGUCAUCAACCACGUGGCCAGGUACGCGUCAGCGGUCACAGACGGCUCGCAGUACUUCAUCCUGCUCAUCAUCUCCGACGGCGUCAUCACAGACAUGGCCCAGACCAAGGAGUCCAUCGUCAACGCUGCGUCUCUGCCCAUGUCCAUUAUCAUAGUCGGGGUUGGACCGGCAGAAUUUGACGAAAUGAUCGAGCUGGACGGGGACGAAGAGAGGAUUUCAUCGCAGGGAAGAUUCGCCGAGAGGGACAUCGUUCAGUUCGUCCCGUUCAGAGACUACAUCGACCGGCGAGGGAACCACAUCCUCAGCAUGGCCCGGCUGGCUAAAGAGGUGCUGGCCGAGAUCCCGGACCAGUUCCUGUCCUACAUGAGGACCCGGGGCAUCAAGCCGGGGCCCCUGCCGCCCCCUUACACCACGUGCCCCCCGCCGGCCGUCCACCCUCUCCUCACCCGACGGGUGAGCCGGAUCUGA